GUUCAUUAGGCUCCAGACCAUGGCCUCGCACAGGCCACUUCUGUAACCAAUGCAGCUCGCGUGCACGAGCAGUGCUGGUUGAUCGUGAGCGCGCAUGGAGGCGGUCCGGGGCUGCCUCAGUUUUCUGUAAUCGCUUUUCUGCUGCUGCUACCUCCAGUUAAAUAGCUAGGACACGGGAGCGAGCAGACGGCCGUGUGAGGAUAUACUUUUUUCGGUACCUUGGGAUUACGACGCGGAAUUGCAGCAUCGACGGCCAGCCGCCAGGUAAUAUCGACACACGCAUUCAGCCGCGCCUCUUAGAUUCGCGAAAAGUAAGUAAAUGUCCCGUGAAAAGUGUCGUUUUCCAGUGAAGAAGAAGAAGGAGGUGGAGGAGGAGGAAAAUAAGGGGGGAGGUGGAUGUGUGGGACGAGCCUCCCUUUGUGCCGAGGCAGGGUCACUGCUCUUCAAACGUACAAUGUGGACACUCCAGAAACGGCGAGGAUCCGCGCAUUCUCCCCCCCGGCGGUUCACCGUCCUCCAUCAGCCCCGCCGCCUGCGUCUCUGUAGGACGAGUCCGGGCAGAAACGCCUUCUUCGAUGCGUAUUUUCAUUGAGUUUAAAACACGGAGGCCUGCUUUUCUCUUCGUUUUUCCUUUUUAAAAAAUACCAUUAAGCGGUAAUGUAACGCACCCUACUUUCCGCUUCCUCCCCCGGCGUUGUAAUAACGUCAGCCCGCUCUUGAUUCUGUUUAUGGACGCUCUCGUAGGACAACUCGGUGUCAGCCCCCAAUUCGACCCCUAUUGUGCUUUCAACCCCUGAAACGUUGACCCUCACGGUUUGACCAGUCAAUUAAGUCGUGUUUAAUUACACGUAGACGUCUAAACUUGCCUUUGCUGUUAUUUUUGGGGAGUGUAACGUCUCCGCAUUGACCCCGGUAUCCCCAACGGUUAUUGAACCGGUUACAUUACAGCCGUUGAUGUCCCUAUCAUCACCGUGAAACGCCCCCCGGGAAAGGCGAGCUGUCCGCCGCUUUACUUCAUCGUUUUGACUUGAGUUUCCCAACAUAUUAGCUACCUUUUAUUCGUCUAAUUUCAUUAUGUUAAAGUCGAAGUUGAACAUAAUCUAUUUAGUCGAGUCUUUGUCGUGUGUUUGGGUGAAUUGAUGUGGAUAGUGCUCGUUUUCUCGGAUGGUCUCAUCGUUUUCAAGCGUCGUUUCUUAUCUGUCACUGAGGAUCUGUAUUACUCUUCAACUAAAUUCAGCCAAGUGUUUAUUAUUAUUGCCUUUAAUAGCCUCGUUUAAUGACUCAUAAUCACAAUGGUCAAUAAGUAGUUAGACUGGAAGGCAUGUGGUUGCAAAGCAGAGUAGAUUCUUGAUAGCCUUUCUUACAAGGAUGGUUAUAAGGUCAGUAAUCUGUUUUCUAGAUCUAGGCCAGCACUGCUAAGUCUUUCCAUUAGCCUGUCACAUUCAUUGACCAGCCAUAAAAUUAUGAACACAUGGGCAAUCUAAUGCAAUCCAACAGCUCCAGCAUAAAACCUCCUUUCAUGAAGCCUCUAUGCUUUUGGUUUCGUUGACAUGACCAGACAGGUGAUAACCGUACUUCAUAUUUUUUCAUCGAUUACAAAGUAGGUGGUGUCGACUGGAGUGAUUGGGAAUGCUUUCAAUAUAAUGCUGUUAAAACAGGAUGAUUACCUCUCUGGCCAUGUCAACUACAACAGUAGAAUUUGUGGUUGGGUCGCAUUAGACUGUCCAAGUGUUCCUAAUGUUAUGGCUAGUCAAUGUGUAAACCCUGUAGUAGAUCAUUAGGUGAAUGGCUCAUUAUAUUCCUUUUAACAAGGGUUCUACACAUAUAUAAUCCACAUCACAGCAGGCUUUGACUAAUGUCUUUUCAUCAGCUCCCACUGCACACAUCAGCUCUGUUUUAACUCUCAUGUACGUCCAGCUGUACAUUGAUUCAAUUGAACCCAUCGUACUGUGGCUUCACUCAAAUCACCAUGUGCCGAACUAAUUUGACAGUAUGACGUCUUUGUAUUUUCCCAGAGUGGCGACUCGCUCAUAUUGCUCAAUGUCUUUUUAUUUUUCCCUACAGGGCCCACGAUGUCCAGCGAAGUGCAGAGACCGGACGACAGCCCCAGCACCAGCGGGGGAAGCUCGGAUAUUGAACAAAGGGAAACGGUACCACCUGAACAGGAGCGGGAGCAAGCACAGCCCAAAAAGAAGGAGACCAAGAUCUCGAGUAAAACUGCUGCUAAACUUUCAACUAGUGCCAAGAGGUAAGAGGAGAAAAAACACAGCAGCAUUUACACAGGGGUUUGUUUGUUACACCAAAGGCCUCUCCUCCCCUGUGUGCCCCCGGGGUGUGAAGUUAUAUAAAAAGAACCACAGUCCCACCGGCAUUGUCAUUUCAAACAUCCAUGCUAUUCAGUGUGACACAAAACCCACAGAAAGGAGGUAACUCACACAGCUCGUCGCUCGUGUGUUGAUGCUGUCGUCUGAAAGAGAUAUCCCCGUUACAGCCGGUUUGUUUGAAUAGAUUUUCCUCAUGCUCUGCAGCCCUCUUGUCUCCUUUACACCACCAACACUUCCCUCCACCAGUCUUAGCACUUACUUCCAAAAAAAAAAAGAGAGAGGGGCGCUGACAGAAUUAUGCAACAGCAUGAGCAAAGGGUUGGCUCAGGCCGCUGAGUCUUUUUAUAACAGCGACUGAUGUUGUGAUCAUCUCCCUUUGUGUGUCUAUCCUCCAUUUAAACUACGAGGGCCUUCAGAGCAGCACAGAGAGGACUCAUCCACUGUUGUCGAAGGUGGUGUGUUUAUAUUAACGGGAGUUUAGCAGCAGAGUUUGCACUCAGUUGCCCUUCACAGCCUGAGUCAUGGUUUCACACAGUUAUCUGAGAAAUUCUCGUAGCAGGCAUGUUUAUUCUCACGCUUGAAGUUGCUUUUUAAUUUCCUUUGUGUAACUGAGGCAAAUGAAUUUAAUGAGAACGAUAACGAAUUAAAAAAAACCCAUUUAGUUUUAAAUAGAGUUGUAAUGGCUUUAUUUGAUUCUUUUCUUUUGGCAAAUUGUCCGUACAGUGAUAUCUCAGUAGCGCGGUUGUCAUGGUUUAUUCAUUCACUUCUUUUUACAGAUUACAUUUCUAAAAUGUGCAAAUUGGCCAACAUCAAACAACAACCUGAUGUCAGAGCAGUCAUUCGAGCCUUACUGAAUUCUCUCCUCUUAAAUCAAACAUGAUAUCAUUGUUUUGUUUUACCUGUCUCUUGUAACACUUCUGCUAGAAUACACUCAAGUGCAUACAGAGGACAAAUGCCACAAAAUGAUCCUUUUUAUGGACAAGAUUUAUGUCAUAAAAUCUUCUUGAGUCAUCCCAAGAAUGUAUCUGAAACACCAGCUUUGAUAUGAAAGUGCUUUAGGGCCUGUGUCCACUGACAGCAUUUUUUUCUUGCAGACAGCACCCACAACCUUUCAGGACACUUCACAGCAACGCUUACUGAUGCAGAGUUGCAAAAGUCGUCCUGCAGCACUUUUGUUUCCUUAAUUGUAACUUUAAUCUGUUUUAAAAUGCUCCGUAUGCUUCAUUUCUGCUUUUAUUCAAGAAAUUUUACCAAGAAAACUUAACGGAUAAAAGUUGUGUUGCAGAAUUAGCAGCACCUCCACACCUGUUAAUUGUAUCCUUAAAAAAGGUGUAAAGUUAGUUCCCUCUGUACGGAGCUCUGGCAUUGUUGUUGACAAAGCUGACACCAAAAAUCCUGCCUCUUUUUUAAGAAUUUUAUUGGUUAGUGAUAAAGUGGUGACAUUGAUGAGAGUGGCGAUGCUUAAAGGUUAAACCAUUUUCACCUUAGGGGGUAUUUUUGUGCUCAGGAUGUUGACCACUGACAGUGAUGAAUUACGUUGGUUUUGUGUGUGAAACAGGCACUGCCAGUGCAAAAAAAAAUGGAGUUAGUGGACACAGGCCCUCAGUCAUUGUUUGCAGUUGUUCUAAAUACUCAGUGUGUUUGUUUAGGAGAAGAGGGGACGUCUGAGGAUAAGUUUGCUCCCAUUAAAACCACAUUAGGAUAAAGGAAUUCCAACUUUAGAACCAGUUAAACAUCUGAAACCAGUUUAGCUAAUGUUAGUGUCAGUUUGGUUCCCAGCCUCUCUGGAUGUGUUUUGUCUGCUGAAGAGCCUAAAAAAACAAAUCUUUAACUUAAAACUGCUGUAUUCUGUUAAGCUCUGACAAACACCACACUCCACACACAACCACCUCGCUAUUUGUUGUUUUCAAAUCAUAACUGAAAUGAAACAGUAGCUGCCAGGAGCAGCAUAAUACAUCCACGGUGGCAGCGCAGCCAAGCAUGCUGUGUAGGCUACUGUUUUGGAGCUCGUGUUUGAUCUAUGCAUAGACUGGCAUAAUCACUGAUGCAUAAUCCCACACUUGAGGACGUAUGGGAGGCAUUUGGUGCCGCUAUCAGUAUCAGAAUAACCCCUGGAGUCUUUGUUGGUUUCUGUGUUAACAGCUGAAGGUUGACAGGCAGGAUUAAGAGCUGCAGCGUCUGCCUCAUCACAGGCUGGAAACUCUGACUUCAUACAUUUUACAAGUGUCCAUUCCUUAAGCGUUUAUCCCCUGGAGAGUUGCCCUGCUAACUCAGUUUUAACAAUAAUAUCUCUGUAUCUCUUCCAGGAUCCAGAAAGAGCUCGCAGAAAUAACACUAGACCCUCCUCCAAACUGCAGGUAAGAGAAUGUAAUCUUUUCAAAGCAUUCCUCCACUCACUCUCAAGCCUUUGUGCACACAUGCUAAAGCUGUAAUGGAUGUAGACGGCAGAAAUGGGCUUCUUUCAAGGCGUCUUGUGUCUUUAAAAGGAAAGGCCACGCUGUAAUGCGCUCUCUUUUGUCUCUGCUCCCGUAAUGCUCUUGUUUGUGUGUUUUUGUUCCAGAUGGUAAUCUCAGGUGAAUUAAGAGUGACUGUAGUCAUUUCUGGCAUUGUUGUCGUUGAUGUCUAAAGCGUGCUGCAACCUCUGGAGAAAGAGCAGAUCAUAGUAGCAUUAUGGUUCGAUUGAAAUGGGGAAAAAAAGAGCAUCGGUGUGACUUUAAAACCUGUUUUGAUUCUCCUGUGGUCCCCCCCCCCCCUCGUUCUGCUGGGGAUUUACCGCAGACAAUGGUUAUUGUGUGCUGCUGCCGCGGCUCUCAGCCCUUUGAGGAAGAGAUACGGUCGCUGGUGAGUGGCACGCCGCACGUGCAUCAGUCUCUCUUUACAAAGAGGGAAAGGGAUGCCUUUUGGGAUGAGCGCAGGAGUCAGAUUUUAUUAACUUAAAUAAAGUGGCGCUGAUUAUGUCUGUGUUUAUUACCGCACAAUAAUUACUCUCUGAAUCAUCACUCGGCUGUAAAUUAAGACAGAAAACGGAAGCAGAUUCUUGCUGGAUUGAAGAUACUUGUGGGAGCCGCUCGUGCUUUCUGACCGUUUCAGAGAUUUGUUUACCGGCACCUGCUCCAAAUGAUGAAGGAAAAACAACUUUGUAUGACUCAUCUGCCCAUUUGGAGUUACUACACCCCAGACAGGCUUGUUUAUUGCAUGAAUUAAUCACCCCUGCUGGGUCUCAUCUAAAGCCCACCAUCAUUAACGAUAAACAUUGAGCUAACCUUUUCAUUCCAGCUCGUAGCCCAGUUUUGUUAUUGUUCUGGAGGUUAAAAAGAGAUGUUGUUUUCCUCGAGGACUUUAAUCUAUUUCAACCCUCUUCCCCUCCUACUCCCCCCCCACCCCCAAAUAAAAAACUAGGUUGGCUCUCAUGCAGGAUUUAGCUGGAGGACACGAGUAAGUCAUUUGAAAGUAAAAUAAUCGCUAGCGGAAAUUUCACAGUCAACGUCUUAGCGGGGAACUAGUUGCCUGGGAAACAAUUAAGCUUCUUGAAGAUAAUCCUUUUCUCUGUGUGUGUUCUCUUUCUGUACAUGCAAAACGAUACAGCUAUCUAAUAAUGUGUCUCCUCUGAUGCACCCAAAUAGAUAAGCCCUCUGUUUAAUAACCAGACGAGGGGGAGGGAAAGGGGUCAGAUGCAUCAAACGCCGAAUCUGUCAUGCAAACGAUCACGGCGCCAUUUACAUUCCCGCCUGAACGAGUGCACACCGAGGAUGCUCGUGUCGUCAUUUGUAUGCCGCACGCUCCCCCGCUCCCGGCCAGGUUAGCCCCUGAAAGGUUAUUCAUUUCAUUCCCCGCCGCGACAAAUGGAGUCACAGACUGUUGGCCCCCUUCAGGAGGCAGACAGAGAGUCGUGUUGCACAGAUUCACUUCACUACAUUCAACAAACGGGGCGCUCAGGGGGGCCCUUGAUGUAUGUCACCUCAUCUGUUUCUCCGCUGAGGAGCCCCUCGGACUCCCUCGCCCACUUUGUCCUGCUCAGACAGAAUUCGCCGUCCUCAUCUUGUGGUUAAAAUCUGCAGUCUCCUUCGGAUCACCUACACACUCGCUCCUGAGCCGAGGAGGGGAUCACGCUGAGUCUUUUCUCUCUGUAAAAUGGAGAGCCCUGCUUCAUGACUCUCAGCGUAGACACGUGCAAAGAGCCAGAAUUCCCCCUCUAAAGCCUUGGAAGUGCUGAGGAUCUAAUUUAGUGGAACAUCUGUGGCAGGAGGUGCCCAUUUGAUAAGUCUAAUGAAACGCCCACUCCUUUUCUUCCAGCAUCCAUCUGAGACGGCUGUGUUAACCCUCAGCUGUAUUUAAUACCACUGACUGUUGUUAUAAGACGUCUUUGUUGAUAAAUCACACACUUUCUAAUGUUACCUCGCUAUCAAGAGUCUAUAAAAUUACUGCUGAAGUUGUUUUAAAAAAUCAAUUUCCAAACUUCACCAACAAAACCAUCUCCAUUUUACUGCUAUGUCACCACUCGCCGAAAAUGAUCGCAAGUAUUUAAAUUGGUCUCCGAGCUUUAUCUCACUCACGGCGCCUUGACAGUUCGCUUGUCACCUUGGCAGUUGUCAUGCAUCAAACGAACAGGAAGACGUUGAAGCCCAAGAGGAUUUGACAUGGCAAUUAUUCUCACUGUCAUACACUGGGAGCAGAUUGUACAGGCAGCGUGUGCUCUUACAUGAGUGUUGCAAAUGAAGCGGGAUCUGAAAGGAAUCGUGUUUUCCUGCCUUCAAGUUGCACAAACACUUGCAAUCAUCUUUCAGGGACUGAAAUGUAGAUUAGAUCCUCCUGAAGAGGAGCAUGUCUGGCUCAGCGUUGUAACUCAACACUUGAGAUUUAGAUUCGAGUUUCAUUGUAUUAAAGAUCAGACGACUGUGUCUGAGCUGCUUAUGUACGAGUUUUCAUUCUAAUAAGCCAGUUGUCUGUAGCUAUGAUAAUGACUGUACUGUGAUACUUAUAAAAGUCACCAGAGCGUCUUCUUGGCUCUCAUUCUUGUUUAUGUUUUGUGGUGUGGAAUGCUCAUAACUUGAGCGCAGCAGCUACCAGUUUAUCUGCAGGUUACUGCCUUAUUUAUUGGAAACAUAUCUGCAUUCUUGAGGGGACUUGGCAAACAAAAGUAAAGAAGUUUUGCCUCCCUCAAAAAAAUGUGCAGAAAAAUGUCGACUCUCUCACUCUUAUUUAGUAGUAUCCUAGAUGUAGGUCAUGAAAUUAAUGAAUCAACUUAUUUAAGAACACGUCUUCUGUAUAUUUUAACUCUGUUGUACGACUCUGCCAGAGUUUGCUUAGCGUGGUUUUUGUUUUACCAGUACCAUAGCCGGUCCCUCGUGGUUCUCCUCAAGCUUUUCAUCUUCAUACUUUGUGCAUCAGCUACUUUACAAACAGUGAAACAGAGUAAUAGUUGUCUUGUCCUAGUGGCACCUGCUGUCUGACAGAGUCUGCAGAUUUGUGUCUCAUGAGCCUCCUCAGCUCCACGCUCUCUACUUUUACGUUGCAUUGCAGCCACAUUAUUUUGCAGCCGCGGUUGGCAAUAACUUUUGAAAUGCUUACAAGCACUGGACCAGUUUCAAUAUGGAAGUGUCACCCAAAAUACUCUAAAGACCCGUACCUCCUCUGAUGAUCUCUAUUGGAUAUCAGUCCUCGAUCAGCAAAAAAAAGAAUAUCGGAUUAUAUCGGCCCACAUCUAAAAUCUCCGAUAUCAGCACUCUGAUACAAGCAGUCCAUUCCAGACUCGGCUUCGGCACCUCUAUCUAGCAGCGCCCUGACCCACCAAGCUGAGCCCACAAAAUCACAACAACAGUGUGUACUAAGGGACUAACAAAGUAGCAAGGAGUCAGAGUGAUGUCGGCCUUGUGGCAGUAUUUUCUGUUUAAGACUGAAAAAGACAUUGCAACUGAGUGCAAAACUUGUAAGAUCAAUAUCGCUAUCGGUCAAUAUUGAAGGCUACAAUAUCGGUAUUGUAUCGGAAGUCAGAAAGUUGUAUCAGGACACCCCUAAUCUCUGUUUUCAGUGGGCAUGACUGACUCCUUCUCCCUCCCGUUCAUCCAUCUCAGAACUCUGAUAUCGCUCAAAAUUGAUGUCAAAGUCCCGUUAAUUUCAACCUGGCCGCUCAGAUUGCCGUCACACUACCAAAGAUCUGACCUGUGUCUGAUUUUUAAAGAUCAGAUUCCCUGUUAAUUGUCCUGUUAACACUCUCGUACAAAAACCAGAUCUGAGUCACACAUGAGCAACAAAAUCCAAACUGGAGUUACUUUAGCCUGCAGCGUUAAUUAAAAAUUGACGAUGAAUCCAUAAUUCAGUUCCAGCUAUGGCAAAUAUUUGACACUUUUUAUUUUUCAUGCUGCAAAUUUUAAAUUAUUUGACGUUUAUUGGAGAGGACAGCUGCAGAGAGACAGGAAACAUGGGGAGAGGGGAGCGGGGUGGACAUGCAUCAAGAGUCGUCCUUGAAAUACAUCUGGAAAAAGGCAUGUUCUCUCAGACGGGGUUUCGGAAUUACAUGUGAAUAUUUGUUUCAACAGACGGGGUCACUUAUCUGUAAAACUGAGAUCUGCUCUGACUCAGUGCUGCAGCACCAGGUGGAUGAAAGAUGGAGAGACGCUAAGAACAGAUAAAACGGAGGACAAGAUAAUCAAAAACUGGGGUGCUGUUGUGAGCAGAGACGUUAAACGACUGUCAAACAGAUCAUAUGAUGAUCGGGAAUAUAGACUUAAGGUAUCCCCAGAACUAGAUUUGUCAUCCAUCCAAUAGACAGCAGGUUAUUUAAACUUUUAUCGACCAUUUAAGACAUUCACUGGCUUUUUCUCAUUAUUAUUAUUACCACUCUAAGUUAUUGUUAUUAAAAAAGAUUUGGUUAUAUAAAAGUCUUUUUGUAAAAGUGAAGCUUAAAGACAGGAGGUUUGUCUUUUCAUCAAGGUCAUCCUAUAUUCAGGCCUGUACAGUAAACCAGUUUCAAAUGUCCCACUUCUGUCAGGGUCCAACCAGGAACUCAAACAUGUCAAUACGCGUUAAUUAAAUAGCUAAACUGUCAUUUUCACAGUUUUAAGCCUUGGCUGUGUUAAAGUGUCCUCAUGUUCAGCUGUGUGUGCUGUUACCGCUUUGAUACACUCCUGUUAACUUCUUUUGAUGUAUAAGUUUCUAUUUUAUUUGGAGACUUCUUGCAUCGCCUCUAGGUUUUCUCCUUGCAGUUCAGUAGCUCUGGCUUUCUUGUUCUGUGUGGAGCCACUGAAGCUGACAUUUCAAGCAGAAAACCUCAAACAAAACCACCCUGACAUUGUUAAAAUAACACCCUCUGGUGAUGUACUUAAAGUUCUGGACCUCUGCGCUGUUUGAUGCGUUUAUCUUUUCACAGAUGGCCACACAGAUACUUUCCUUGCAGCCACACAGAGUGAUAGCAGAACAUCGCUCAGCUGCAUAAAACAUAACAUUAAACGGCAGAAUUCAGUGUCAACCCACCCUGAUUCACAAACGCAGCUUUCGGAGCUGUUAUUGUGCGUCGGUGUUGAGCAAUCACAGCCAGAUAAUGCACUGCAGAAGAGGCAGGGGUAGCACUUCCUCAUCCCGAGGCGGCUCGAAUAGAUUUAAUACAGUACAAACACAACAUGCUGCAUUUUGAGCGACAAGUUUCCUCACCUCUGCUGUCAGGUUAUCACAAGUCACUCUGGGGAAAAAGGAAGAACCAGCAACUGGAGUAGAAGUAAGGAAGAGGAGGAAAAAAGCAGCUUUUUAAAAUCACAGAAGCUCCUCUUUAGUACCAGAGUAAUCAUUUAGAACUGAAAACACUUUGUUGUGCAGAAUUAGAAACGCACUUAGGCCAUCUUGGAAUUCUGAUUCAUUUUCAAACAAUGGGGAUUUUGUUACAGGCAACAGCAGCUUCUCAUUGUCGGAGUAAUGUUUGCCAGCUGAACUGUCACCGUCAGAAAUCACCAGCUGUAGCAGGCGGGAUAAUGAAGCCAACAUUUGCUUGUUUUAAAAAGGUUGUCAGUGACGAGAUUUAAACCCACUCAGCUGACUCUUUACACAGUUCAUUAGUUUACACUCACACUGUGAUUAUCUUACAACCACAGGGAUGCAGGGUGUAAAUUUCCUUCAGCUGAUACGUAUCUGAUGAUUAUCACAUGAUCUUCCUUGUAUGAAGUCUUUAAAGAGGUUUAUGUUCUGUAGUGUCAUUCACACUUUUGAUGAGAGAGACUCUCCCCUCCUUGGCUCUUCAUGUAUGUAUUUUAAACAGAGUUGAGGUGAGCUGUCCUCGCUCCAGGCUUCUUCAGCAUUCCACCUUCACAUGUGGAAAGGCAGGGCGCUCAGUGCUCUGGCAGGAAAAAGCCAGCUUAAGGUUGAGGCAAACAGAUUCAGUUGAUUUGGUUUUGCACAUGUUGCUCAACUGGACAAUAUCUGGAAAUUUUCACAACGAAGAGGCCAACAGAUAAAAUCGAUACGGCGUAGUAUUGUAGUAUUUUGUCUGGUGAUAUAUCGUAUCAUGUAAUUUACCAAGUAUCGAUUUUUUUCAGAUUAAUUGCUAAUAUAAAGUCAAAUCCAUGAUAAUCAGGAGAAAAAAAUAACGUUUUUGUCCAAUGAGGUUAGCAGAGAUGACAGCAUGGAGCAAGAGAAAUAUCAUAUCGUGGACGACAUCAUAUCAUAGCCCAAGUAUCGUGAUAAAUAGAUAGAUAGAUAGGUGUACUUUAUUAAUCCCAAACUGGGAAAUUCUCUCAAUAAUAAUCAUGAUAAUAUCAUAUCAUGGCCCAGGUUUUAUGAUGAUACAGUAUCGUGGCCUAAGUAUCGUGAUAGUAUCGUAUCGGAGCCCAGGUAUUAUGACAAUAUUGUAUCAUGGCCCAGGUAUCAUAUCAUGAUAAUAUCAUAUUGUGGCUGAGGUAUUGUGACAACAUUGUAUCGUGGCCCAGGUGUCGUGAUAUUGUAUCAUGGCCAAGGUAUCGUGAUGAUAUCGUAUCGUGGCCCAGGUAUUGUGAUAAUAUUGUAUCGUGGCCCAAGUAUUGUGAUAAUAUCAUAUUGUGGCCCAAGUAUCGUGACAAUAUCCUAUCGUGGCCCAUGUAUCGUGACAAUAUCGUAUCGGGACCCAGGUAUCACGAUAACAUAUCAUGGUUCAGGUUUCAUGAUAAUAUCGUAUUGUGGCCCAGCUAUUGUGAUAAUAUCGUAUCGUGGCCCAAGUAUUGUGAUAAUAUUGUAUCGUCGGGCCACUAGUGAUUCCCACCCCUAGUAGACAUAACGGCGACUGCAGCCCUUUGCUCAUUAACUAGCCUGUUCUCGGUUCUGACCAGACAUUUCUGCACUGGGACGGGGAUUUUACCAACAGUCAGUUCUUAUUUUUUUAUUGUUUGUCUCUGUGAAAGGGCAUCAGCUGACUGCUCCAAAUGUCACUGCUUAUUUGGUAAAGCUCUGAUACACUGUAAGGCUGCCCUCUGGAACAAACAGCCGUCUAUGGCCCCUGAAUUUUCCCGCCGUGAUGUAAUGCCCCAAUGAUGCCCUAAACAGAGCUGUCACUCCCUGAUGACAUCAUGCAUACUGCAGGAAACAGGUUUUUUUUUUUUCUUUUUUCAGACCACAGCCGUUCAUUACAGCCCUGACAUAAAUAUGUAUCUCCAUCAUCAUCAAGUCUCACCAAGAAAUGAGGCAGUCUUUAUUGUAGGUCCUGACCUCUAAUUCUCUCCUCGCUGAUGGGAUCAUCUUCAUGCCUGUGAAAGCUGCAUAUUAGUUUUGUGCCAUGCCCCAGGGGGAUUAUGCGCGAGCGACACACCCAGCAUCAUUUUUCACAGCAUUACCAUUAAGCACAGCAGGGGAGGGGUCAUCAAUAUUCAUGAGGGGGUGGAGGGACGCAGAUCGAGGCGAAGGGGGGGUGAGCUGCAGGGAAACCUCUUGGUUGCUCUGGUUGAUCUCUAUAUUCUGCAUGGCAACUUAGGAUGUCUGCAAUGUGUGAGUAAAACACGAGCAGUUGUGUUAACAUGACGGCAACAUCUCACCAGGAAAGAAUCAGCCAUAAUCGAUGUCUUAUUCUGAAUCAGGCCCUGCAUGAAUAUUAAUGAGUUUAAGGCGCCCAUCUGUGUCUGACGCUGACAUGUUCUUGACCUUUCACUGAAGGUCUUUGUCAUUGACUGCUGAAUCUAAGAACCCUUUACAAAAACACGCUUCGGACUCCAAAUGGCUUUGUUUACCGAGCAUCGUAAUAAAAAAGGUUAUUCUUGGAGGUGUUUGCGCUAAAAAAUCACAGUCAUUUGCAUUAACAAAAGGCUGGGUCAGAGACUAAUGAGGAGGCUCGGGCAAAGUCAACCUUUAGAGCUGAUGAGAUGCUGGUGAAACACAGAGCGAGGGAGCAAAGACAAAUGAGAAACAAAGUGUUUAGGAAUGACCCUCAUAUUUUCUCUGCUCACUUGUCAUGUGCGCUAUAUUGAGGCAAAGAGACACUCGUGGAAUAUUAAAAAAGCGGCUGAGAACGUGACGCCGAAUACAUAGGAGCUUCUGCAGGCUCUUCCCUCUACCUGUGUUUUUCAGUCGUUGUUGCAUGCAGGAUGUUUCUAGGUGUCAACUUCUGGGCAGUGGGUGUGGAACUCCAAGCCAAUAACAGCAUGCGGGUAUCGAGAACUUGUUAAAAUAUAGCAAUCAGGUGCCAGAUAGUCAGCACGCACCCGGCAGGAAACUUCUGGUGUGGUUGAGCCAGGAGGAGCGACAUGCUUUUAAUGUUGUGGCUUCAAACCAUAACUGAUAAUAACAGCUGAAUAGAGUUGCUCUGCAGCCAUCAGAGUUCCACCAAAAAUACUGUAUGAAGUAGAGAUGUUACCGUAUUGUCAACAGCAGAAGGAACUACAAAAAGCGCAGACACUGGCAGCACUGGGAGUUUUCUAAAAUGAGGCUUCUCCGGCAGCUUUGAAAUCAGACAUUUGGAGGCAUUCUUGUUUCCUUGUGAGGAGAAAAGGUGACAGGCAAAAAAAACCUAACCACAUACAGAUACGUCUGGACCACAGUGACCUACACAUCAGAGAGUGCUUGUAAUGUGAGCAUCCACUCGGCACAACACCAGCCUGAAGAGCAUCAGAAAGAGGCGACAAAGCCGUAAAACUCUGCAGGGCAUCUUUAACAUUUCUUCAAAACACUGUGAGCACAAAGGAUCAGAAGAUAUUCUGACUAAAUAUUUAGCCAAAGACCCAUGGACAUGUUCUGUGGUCGAUAACAAGGAAUUCAGAGGGUUAGUGUGCUGGAGCCAAAGUAAGAAUUCCUAUCACAGCUCCACUGAAGUCAAACACGAUCAGCAGCUCUCUGCAGAGAUACUAGAGCUCAGAGUGAAUCUGACUUUAGGAGCUUUUUUUCCACAUCCUCAUUUGUCUUUUUAAAACUGUAUUAGAUACUUAACUGCAGAUUUGUCAUUGAAAUAUUAUUGUAUCCUGAGAUUUUGAUCUACACAGGCAUGUUGUUUUCUAUCAACAUCCUAAAUCUGAUGAAGUUUGUCACUGUCAAUAGCAGCUGCAGGUCCUGUUAAACUUUAAGCAUCAAUGAUUGGAUCAGCAAAACUCAAACAGACUCCAUUCACCAACAGCCAGAGUCCACUCUCUCUCUCUUUUGUUUAUGUCCAGCUUCAUUCUCAGUGUUUACUAUUGUCACCAUGGCUGUGUUUGAUGUGCUUCCUUCUUCUGUCGGCUUGCUUCCUCACUGGAUACUGUUUUGUUCCUCAAGACACCGGCUGUCCUCAGUUUCACCCCACACAGCGCCGUAUCAGAUUGUAAAGAUUGAACACGUUUAAAAUGAAGGAUCAGUUAUCCUCAGUCUUAAUCUGAGAAGAUCGUGGACGGUAAGAUCAGCCUUGACAUACUUCAGAUUUCUGAAUAACACGACUCCGGUAAUGACAAAUCUUCACAGAUCACAAGCAAGUAGUUGCUUCCAGACUUAGGGCUGGGCGAUAUGGCCUCAAAUCAAGAUCAUGAUAUAUUGAGCAGUAUAUAUAUUCACCUCGAUAACGAUAAAUGACGAUGACUACUCCACAAUUUGCUCACCCUCUCCCACAUUAACUUCGUCUACUUCAGCUGCUACAACUUCUGAACCAUCCUCCAUCUCCUCAUCUGUCUUUCCCUCUUUGUUACGGACUGGAUGGGGUGGAGUCACGUCUCUGACGUAGGACAGCGUCUUAAAGGGACAUGAGACCAUAGCCUACCUACACACAUCCAAAACCAACUUUUAUUUAUAUAUUCUUUUUUUUUUUUUUUACUGUGAAUAUAUCGACAUAGGCAAAAUGAUAUUGGUUAUUGUCAUAAAUUUUCGUAUUGGUAAAUAUUUGGUUUUAUUGCCCAGCCCUAAUAGGGGUAGGAAUCAUAUAUCAAUUAAUAUUAGCAUUUUAACAGCGACAAUAACAGUGAAUCUGAUAUUUAAAGCAGUAGCCUUUGUAGUCAGGCGGGUUCACAGCAGGAGGACGUCUGCAGCAGUAAUCCAGAGCACUACAUGAGACGAGGGAGCUCAGGGAGAUCCAGAAAGAUCUAUACAGUCAGUGGAUCAAUCAAUCAAGUCUGACAGGAAGGGGCUGCGAGCUGAGCUACCAUUUAUGUUUGCUCAUUUUUAUGUCAGUGCUGACAUUAAAAAAAAAGUGAUUCAACACUAGAACCACUUUGUUGUUCUUAGUUGUGUUUUCGUCACGUUUGCUAAAGAGGGUUUUAGGAGGGGCUGAGAGCUGAGCUGCUGCCUACCUACACACAUCCAAAACCAGCUUUUAUUCUUUUAUUUUUUGACACUGAAUAUACCGAUAUGGGCAAAAUGACGUUGCAUAUUGUCAUAAAUUUUGGUAUCGUGAAUUUUCAAUUUAUCGCCCAGCCCUAUACAGACCUAUUAAUACCUAUUUUGUGCCCAUUUCACAAAAAGGAGUUAAAUCCACAAUCUAAUGUAAAUAAACAGUAAAUCUAUCUUAAAUUAAAGUGCAUGAUAAAAGAGGGGACAGCAGGCCAUCUGGAAAAACUAUUCUUGCCUGACCAUAAAUAAGACGUAGAGGAGCCUUAAGAGAGCAGAGGGCUGUUAGAGGAACAUCUGUUAUCUUCAAACCACCCUCAUCUUUUCUCUCCUCACACAAACUUUUUCGAGUAAUAAGGAAAUAAAUUGCUCCUACAGAGCGACGGUAACAUAUGCGCUCCCUCUCAGACACGGGCCUGGGUUUAAUUCAUCCUUAAUGUUUCCCCACCGUGGCGUGUCUUUGACAGCAAACACGGCCCGCCUUGAUUCAUGCGUGGCACCGAAUCCUCAAUGUCCUCAUUUGCGAGGUAGUUUUUCUGGCAAACAUUGGUCCGCACAGCGAUAUUAAUGGGCUUGUGGGGAAGCGGAGCAUGAAGGUGGCGUGGAUAUUUUGCAGCAAAGUGUCGCCAUUACAUCGCUGGUUUCAUAGAAGCGUUUUACGCCAUUGAGAGUGACUGAAUAGUAAUCUGAGGCUGACAGGAGAGCAAACAGGAAUCUUUUGGCGAGUGAACAAAUAAAAGUUAACGCUAAAUUGAACAGUUGCUUUAAGAUCUCAUUACUCUUGUGACUGAGAUCUCCAAACUUAAUAGAUUCCCCUUUUCCUCCUGCCAAGAAGACUUUAAGUGCCUUAAUGAAAUAUUUGCAGUGCAGAGGGAUGAAAUGUUAACACUCUUUACUGCUGCUCUAAGGAGUGAAAUGAAUUACAGCGUCUCAAAUGAAUGCCCUUUCCUCUGUUUAACCUGCUGCUUGAAACCUUGUCACAUCUCUCCACCUGCAAACCUGAGGGCUCGGACGGUGUCAAGGGGAAUAGAGCAUCGCAGUAUCAAGCUGCACAGCGGAUCUGGCAGCUCGGCUCAUCCUGAUCACUGACCUUUUGGUAAUAAGUCCAUUCCCACAGCCGUGAAGCCAAAUGUCUGCCCUGAGUGCUUUGUGCAAGGAGCAGACAGGCCGAAGAGACAGUCUCUAAUUAUGGCUAAAUAGACCGUCAGUGCAGUGCUGAGGAAUUAAAAAAAAUUAACACAGCACUCUUGACUAAUUUAGUUCGUAAACUGCAAGGGGCUGCAGUUUUUUCUUGGAGGCAAAUCUGUUUUUGAGGCAGUUUCCUCUCCUGAAGCGUGUUCCUGUGAAUCCCCGGCCAGCAGAGAGAUUUGCAUGUCAGCACAUAUUCUAACUUGUUUUAUUCAAGGAAAGCAAAUGUUUAUAAUUACCCCUCCACUUCACACACACACACACACACUAGCACACACACACUUAACUUUUAUGCUCUGAAUUUAAAGUGGUGUCAAACUUAAUUCAUUCUUAUUCACACUAGGGCUGGGCGAUUUGGCAAAAAAAUUGAUCAGGAUAUAUUUUGUCAUAUCGUCAGAUCUCCAUUAUAUCACGAUUUUUUUUAAAAACAGCCAGUUUAAAAGCAUCUAAAGAAACUAGAGAUUAGUUCAACAUUUUAUUAACAUACAAAGUAAAUAACAAAGAAUAAGAUACACUUAGAAAAGUAUAAAAACCAUUUUAACUCAACAGUACAACAAAUGUCAGUUAAUACUAAAUAUUACAGUUAACUAGAUAGAUAGAUAGAUAGAUAGAUAGAUAGAUAGAUAGAUAGAUAGAUAGAUCGCCCCCUCAGGAAUAAUGAAGACGUCUUAAAAUGUAAACAUUAGAUGUUGUAAACGUAGAUGAACGAUUGAUUGCUGCUUUGGUGGCUGCACCGCUAGUUGUGGCUAAACUGCUAAUGCUACUCGUGCCGUCAGCAGCGACAGGCUGUUCAGACUCCGCUCGCAUUUUCAUGCUUUCCCCAUAAUCACUCGGGAAACAGAUCUGUUGUGUUGCCAGUUUUUUAAGGGCACCGACCACCAGCAUACCUUGCACAUCGGCUUAAUUACUCGACGCCACUUUGGAGAUACCUGAACCACCGCCACUCAACCGGCGUAAAAUAACUUCUCAACAAUAACAUCUUGGGAGGAUGACUCAAAGUCACGGCUGAGAUCUAUUUCGCUGCCCUCAGCUCCACGUUUCGCUCCAUGUUCAGUCAUUCUGUUUACUUCUCCGUUAAUGUACUGAAGUGAAAAGGAAAAGCUCAACUCUGAUUGGUUGUCAUGACGCACAUUUAUGCUAUGUUGAUGCUCACAGCUGAUCACCGUGAUCGAACUGAAAUUUACCACAAUCAUAUAAUCGCCCAGUCCUAAUUCACACGGUCGCUGUUUUCCUCUGAUGGUCUCACUCAGGGUCGAGGAUUUACAGACUGUAAGGAUGGCACCCUUCUCCGCUGAAUGAGGCCUAAAUUCCCACCCCUCUAAUAAAGAGAUCAGGCGCUGUGUGAAAACAGUGAACUGAGAUCAAUUUCACACAAUAUGUCCUCUUCAAGUGUUGUCUUUUUUAUUUCCUGCCAAAUAUUUUUCUUUUCUUUUCUUUCUCUGUCAGCUGUUGUGUCAUUUCUCACCCUGUGUAAACAGUAAUACUAAGUGGUAUUUCUAUGACUCAUGAUGUUUUACUGUUCCCUUUAUGCAAAGCUUGUAUAUUAUGAUAAUGAUAUAUGCUGUGCAUUAUUCAUCUUAAGCCAGAGGCAAACAUUUGCAGGGCUUCAGACAUUCGGUGCUUGUAGCAGCUCAGGGAAGAAAAAUGCUUACCACACCAAAACCUCAGUUCCGAAAUGAAAAGAGGAAGGCCGGGCAGAACUAUUGGAUCCUCAGCUUUAUACUUUAUUUACAGCAUUGUUAACAUAACCUCGGUGAGGACAAACUUCCUCCUUAAAGAGAGAGUCUCUUUGAAAAAAAAUAUUCUCCUCUCUGCGUUCAAUACCUACUGCUGUCUGAAUUGAUUCAGCCCAACAUACUCGGAUGCCCUCCUGUGAGAAUAAAACCAUGUUAUUCCCUUCGACUUGGAAAGCGUGCAACCACCUACUCAAGCAUUUCCCUCUGUAUCUGGAUAAACCGUCCGGUCAGUAAUUGCAGUAGUCAUUGUGCGGAUGAACAAUAAAAGGCUUGAUUAAAAAACAAACCAUGUCAUUUGAGACAAUGAAGACAAGAGAACAGAGGAAGGAGGUGUCGCCUCGGCCGCUGAGCUGCGCAGUAAUUGGUCUUGGGCCUCUUUCACAGCCGGGGAGGGGAAUGAAGAUUGCUUCAUUAAAGUUCCUCUUCUGAUAACCGCAGCAGCCGCACUGAUAGAAAAGACGAUCUUAACUGAAUGACGGCGCCAUUAGGAAAAAAAAAUGCCGUGGGGAAUGAGCUGGAAUGGCAAAUAAUGCAGAUAAUGGCUUUAUUUGUGCACGGUGGUAUUCACUAGCUCCAAAACACACGGAUUCACAUUCAAUUACUGGUUUACUUUCCUGUUUUAUUUAUCAGCCCCUCGGUGCAGGGCUCGUCUCAGGCAGCUAUUUACCUGCUGCUGCUGUGAACAGCGCUCUGCUUUACAGACAGGCGGCCUCAGGGACACUCUGGUUUUGUGCUCAGUGAAUUACCAGUGUUUAAUGUUUUCACAAUGUGCUGUCACAUGUGUGAUGAUUUGAAGUGAAAGAUUUGUUUUCUGGCUUUUUAAGUAGCUAUGUCACCGUAAUAUUCCCACUUUUUAAGGUUUCAAAAAUAACAAUCAUUCACUCGUUCCCUGAUGACUUGAAUCAUGCCGGUGUCAGUGAAUUUAUUCAGGGACCAGUUUCUGGAUUACUGUGGAACAUGUCUUUAAUUCUAAAAUAGUAAAAAGGGAUUUCGGCUAUUUAACAAAACUAUAAACACACGCUGCUCUCAGUUAAAGAACUCAAUUAGUAGCUAAAGCAAAACCAUCCAGGAGUCUUUUUAUCUGGGUAAAUAAAUAGUUGUGUUAGCUGUAGUUUAACUGGAGCUGUUUAUAUGUAGGACAGCUUCAUUUGUUUUGAUUUGAGCAGACCAACGAGGUUCAACAUUAAUGAUGGCCCGGGGCUGCUAAAGGUUAUUCUGUGGUCACUGACUGUUACGUAAUGCUGUCCCCAGAUUUUGUCCUCAUGUGGCAAACAUUCCCGGAGUACCAUCACAAUUUCACAAGCCUGUGUGGGAGGCAAAUGCAUUCUGGAAGAGAGGGCAUAGUGUAGAGUAAACUCAGCAGUUCUGACAGAUUGUAUUCAAAGUAUGCUGGAAAACCAAGGGCCUGUGUCCACUGACACCUUUUUUUGUGGUUUUGUGUUGGCAUUGUCUUUUUCCAGAAUAUCCAUGGGAUAUUCCGGCGUAAAAUUACGUUAUGGUUGAACACACCGUAACAGCAAGUUAGACACCCCCUUGAGAGAUGAAUGUUGCCGACUGCUUGCUUCUCUAGUUAUACCAACUUUAGUAACGACCGCAGGAUAGAAAUACACAGCGUUCUAAGGAGCCAACGCACACACCUCAACCAAAACACCACUCUAUAGCCACAAAUAAUGCUCAGAACAGCACCUAACUUCAUCAACAGGACAUAUAGGGUCACAGCCAUAGUACUAGACACCAAACAUCUUUUUAGCUUUGACUGAUUUCUGUAGCAAAGAGACUAAACACAACUCACCUACUCUCUUCCAGCAGCCACUUGUUUGUACGGCGAUCUUGGGCAAGUCCAAACUGAGUGCAGGGGGGUUUCACAGCUCAAGGAAGAACAUUUAUGAUCAUUUCUUCAUGGAAAUACAAUCAGACCGAGAUGCUAAGGCAGAAGAACUACCACGUCUGCAGUGAAAAAUGAUUAAUAUGGUGAUUAUAACUUCAAGGAAAUGAUAAAGUAAUGAAACACAUUUUCUAUGUAUAGUUUUUUAUUUUUUUUCCUCCGUAAAAUUCCACUGAAUAAAAGCAGGUGUGAAACAUACAGAGCAAGACAGUUUUGGCCAUGCUACAACAGUGAGCUCUGGUAAGAAGCACUCUGAAAAUAAGGUUGUGGGCACCCCAUGUGCAAAAACGCUGUUAGUGUGCACAGGCCCUGAACCUCUUAUUUUCAGUUAACCUAGUAGAAAACGUGUUUUUAAUCUAUUAUGUUCAGCUAAACACAUUUUCAAUCUAAGAUGUAGGCUCAAGUAAUGUUAAUAAUGUUGCCCUUACUGUGUUUUUUUCCUGCUCAAUUAUUUCUUGUAUUUCUUUUGCUAAAGUAAGUGUUAAUACCACUAAUAUUUUCAAAUGAAGGUGCAUGUUUGAAAUCAGUCUUUGAGGCUGUUUGUUCCAUUUGUCAUGUUUGCGAGUGAAUCUCAGUCUCUGCAUCAGAAAGUGGAAGUAGCACUUCUUUGAAAGGGUGUGAACGUGUUCUGACAGUUCUCUAAGAAAAGAAGUGGGAGAAUGUCACUUUACGUUUCUCCGUCACUUUGUGGUCGCCUUAUUAGACCAGAAAUUUCACAGAUUACCCAACAGCAGCAGAUUUAUUUCAGUUUCAGGUCAGUUUUAUCUAACUGGACUGUGAGUAAGGCAUCCGCUGCAUCGUGGAUGAUGUUUACUGACUGUUCCCAGAGCUCACAGUCUGAGUCGUAGAGAUGCAGGAGUCGCCUUUGAAGCUGCAGGUGUACUGUUUGUAUGUGUGGUGCUUUUUUUUUCUACACUCUCAUUAUAGGAGCAAAAGAGUCUUUGUUACCUGUGGUUUCACCUGUAUCUGUGUUUUUUGUUUCUUCUUUGGUGUGAAGCUCCAUUUUUCCUGCCUAACUCACAAAAUUACAUCAGUUAACACUUGCCUUACGUAGGAGCCGUUUCCCUUCCCUGAUAUAAUUAGAGUAGAUAUCUCAUGAUCAAACUGUGAGUGGCACAGCUCUAUCUCCUGACUGCAUCUCUCUCCUCAUCUUAACCUGAGAGUUUCUGUGGGGAAUUGGCUCUGGGUGACAGGAGAGGUGAGCGAUUCUGCAGCGAGAUUAACCCAGCUCUCAUGCAGAGAGAUAAAGGUUAUCUUUUUGCAUUGGCACCAAUCUGCAGAUUGCCCGGUCCAUGAAAUAAAGCAACGCAGCUGAUUAAAUGGACACUGUAUGAUGAGGAGGAAAGGUCAUUCAAUAUAUAUGGAAAUGAUAACCGCUGCCUGUGAUUCUGAGGAACUGCACAGGUUAGAUAGUUUUCAGGAGCUGUGAAUAAAAAGUAAAAAUAAGAAAGUAGAUCUCUGUUUAAGAGUCCCGUUAUUUUCCACUCUGUGUCGUCUCCUGGCUUCAGAAUGUCCGAGCUCCUCCUCAACCUUCAUGUCAAGGUUGAGUCCAUUUAUGUGAGUUGGAGCUUUAUGAGGAUUGAAUACAGUUAGACUAAACUGAAUGAGAUUUUCUUGCAAGAGUUAUAAAGAGGCCGUUCAGUCAUGAUCAUAUCAGAUGAAGAAAUACAUUGUUAUAAGAAUGAAUGCUGAUAGACUGCUCUUACUAUCAGUGUCAGUGAACAUGAACAGGUUUGACAUUUACAAGAAUUAUGAUGAUAACAGGGGAAGGAAUGAGGAUAUCAAUUAUAUCAGUUGGAUUAAAAUAAAUUUGAAACCAAUGUAGGGCUGGGCUGAUAUGAUUAGUUUUCACCUUGAUAACGAUAAAUGGACGAUAACUUCUCCACAAGCUGCUCACCCCCUCCCACAUUAACUUCGUCUACUUCAGCCACUACAACUUUUGAACCGUCCUCCAGUCAAGUCUCUGAUUGGUUCAGCACAGACCGGAAACAACUCCCCUUUUCAAUGGCUGUUUGUAUAGUCUACCAAAACAUGGCAGAACGCUGGCUAUCGAAAAGCAUAUUGACCAUGUUUCAUACCGAUAUCAAGGGAAAUGAACUUUUGAUGUAUUUCAUUUUUGUUUUAUCGCCCAGCCCUACAACUAGUGAUAAAAAAAACACUAGAUACAUUCAGUAAAGUCAGCGGUGUGUGUUUGCUUUUGUGUCUGCAGUGUGAUAAGCAGUAAGAUUCAUCUGUAUUGACCAAAGUUUCUACCCACAGAAAUGUUAUUACAGUCUUGAACUGUGUGAACACUCAGCAAUAGAUUCCAUUACCCGCUCCCUCGCAGACACACAAACACAGCUAUAAGACCGUAUAGAGACGAGCUGCUGCUCAUGCUCUGUUUAUUAAGGAAUCUGAGCCGAUGUUUCUGUUGAAAUUUGCAUAAUCAGGAGAAUGUGACUGUAAGAAAAGAGGACAAACCUCAAAGGAAGCAGCCAGUGUGAAUCUGUGGUUAAACACUAUUUCAGUUCUCUGUUGUGGCGGAAGCAGCCCAGCUGUCAGAGCGAGUUCCCAUAUGAGUGUAAUCUCAGAGGACAGGGCAGCGGCGAGACUCUCACGGACACCCGCACCCUAAUGUAUCCCAGACCCUUGAAAACAAAUGACCCAAAUAGCCAGUGAAUCAAACCAUUUGGCUGACGGUGCGCUGCAGAUGUAAUGUUACUUACACAGAGGUUAUUAUUACAGCAGCCCACAACAAAGCCCAUAAGCAGCACUGUGAAACGCUCUAACGUCAUGUAUUUGUGCUGAGGAGAUCCGUCUGCUUCAGGAGAAGAUUGUUUUUCCUCAGAGAGAAAAAAAGGAGAGUGACACAUAAUAUUUGUCAGACUCUCGCUCUCAGGGCUCAGCGUUGGAUUACUGUGUGUUUGUUCCUAUUAAUUCCUUCAUUGACUUCACAUUGAUUCAUUCAUUUUUCAAAGCACCACUGAGCAUGUCGCAGCCAUGCACAGCAAGAGAAAACACAGACAUAUAUACUGUAAUGAGCUGGAGCGUAAAGGUUGUUGUUGCAUGAUUGAAAUCUAUAUAAUACAUGCCUUGAUUGGCUAAUAAUGAAUGUAAACUUAGUAUGUCAUUUGCAGAGUAUAAUACUCAACAAAGCCAUUAACCUGGGUAGAGGAAUCGUCAGUCUUUUAACUCCAGACAUUAACUGAGCGUUAAUGAAAGACAAAGACAAUGAAGCUGCUAAUGUGCAGAUUAAAUAUGUGUUUGUGUUAAACUGGGUAAAAGCCUCACACUUGUUUUUAUUUUUAUCUUAAGUAAGCGCUGUAAUAACCUUCUUUUAGACGCAGACUCAUUUUUUCCCUUCUCUAAUCACUGUGGCUGCACUCGCACCUCUAUGCAACUUGUGGUGUUGCACGUGGUUUCAGUUCAGGUCAAAGUGUAAUGCAGUUAUUCUGAUCGUCUACAUUAGAACAGUCAUAAUGACUUCAAAAUACUGUAAUUUGCACUUCUCAUGAUGUGACAGCACAUGACAUCCUCCUGAAACGUGUCAUACAGGGCUGUCUGCCUCAUGAAGAGGAGGUGACGCUCUGACAAGAAUACAUGAUAGAAGUUAAUCUUAUCUGUAAAGUUUGAGGCAGUUUGAAUCCUAUUAUGUUUAAGAAUAGCCUUGUAAUAAUGAAGGGAAAAACAAUUGACUGAUUAAGAAUAAAGAAGUUAAAAAAUAUAUUAAUAUAAAAUACUGUAUUUACCCGAGUAGAAGACAGGGUUUCUUUCUUUCUUUGUUUUAUGAAAAUACAUCUGAAGAAAAGUGAGUUUUUUUAAUACUCUGGUUUAGUAAUUAAAUAUCAGCAUCCUUAGAAACAGAAGCACCACAUAUCUGUUAAAGGGACAUUCUGGCGUCUCUUUGCUAAAGAAAUGAGUCAAAGUUAAAAAAGAUGUUUGGUGUCUAGUACUAUGUCUGUGACCCUAUAUGUCCUGUUGAUGAAGUUAGGUGCUGUUCUGAGCAUUAUUUGUGGCUAUAGAGUGGCGUUUUGGUUGAGGUUUGUUUAUUGCUCCUCAGACCGCUGUGUAUUGCUAUCCUGCGGUCGUUACUAAAGUUGGUAUAACUAGAGAAAAAAGCGGUCAGCAACAUUCAUCUCUGGAGGGGUUGUCUAACUCGGUGUUACGGUUUGUUUGACCCUAAAUUAAUUUUACGCCGGAAUAUCCCUUUAAGCAAGUGUAGCCCUCAUGAUGGGGCCAGCUUUGACUCAACACUUCUCUGUCAGGAGGAUGAAAGAUGGAGAGACAGGGAGAACAAAACUGCGCUUAAAUCGGACAAUUUAACAUCUGAGGUCAUUAGCAGAUUUGUUACCAAUCCAGUUUAAUUAUGAAAAACUGACCGUUACAUGUUGAUUGUUUAUUCUCUGUUUUGAGAUCGUGGUUCAUUCACCUCGACUACCAUCAAUGGUCUUUGCUAAGGCCAGGAUGAAACAGCUCUAAUAAACAAGCUUUAACUGUGUGCUUAUCUUCACUAAUUGUCUGAUUAGAGUGGUAAUAAACUUAACUUCCAAUAAUGAAACAACGCGAGCAUCAUAAACCUUUAAUUUAAACAGGUUAUUAAAAAGAAAACCUCAUUAUAUAACAUCCAGACUAACAUACAAGCUGACUGAAGCUCUGUAUUAUCAUUUGAUUAAAGUCUUUUUUGAAGUAAUAAUAUCACAGAAACGUUUCAGACGCAUUUUUAAUCUGUUUUAUUUCUUAUUAUUGAUUAAAGGAUCACACAGAGGUCGUUUUAAGGGUCUUGUACAGCUAAGGUAACGCAACUGGAGCUUUCUGCGGUGAAGACGCCGCUCACCUCUCCCAAAGCUACUGGCCAUGUGAGUUUCUGUCAGAUGGUGAAAGAGCUGGCCCUCAACCAGCUGCAACAAAGCACCACAGGAUCGCCAUGACGGCGGGGGGAGGAGGUCUCCAAGCAACAGCCAGCGGUGGCAUGCUCAUUCAGCUAUUGACUUAGCCUUUAUCCACAGCCCGUUGUGUGGCUGUCAGAUCCCCUACAGCAAUCUCUGUGCUGAGCGAGGACCUCUGCCACGGCCGCUCGUCUCGAUCUCUCCAUCAUGUCUGAGUUAUUAUCACGGCUACAAACUCAUCAGCCGCACAGGAAGUCUGAAUCUGCUUCUGUUAGAGGAGAUCGGGAAAGGAGUCGCUGCCUGGCUGUUUCAGCGUGGUGUCAGGGAGGCGCUUUGAACAGUGAGCCGUAAUGGAAGUGUUACUCUGAGGUGUGUGUAGCACAGAAAUGUUUGCAGUAUAAAAAGAGGAGAGAUUGCCUCGAGCAAGAAAAAUAAGCGGCCAGCACGAGGAGUGAUGUUUGAAGAGGGGUCACGACAGGAUCAUUUUUCAGCUGCUCUUGAAAAGAUGAGUGAAUCGGUCUGCCAGGUUUACUCUGAUUAAUUACAAACCUAUCACGGCUUGUUAUGAAAACUCACAGGCUCAAAAGAAAAGGGUGGUAGUGUGAUGGCAGACUUGUCCAUUUUUCAUGAUACUGGUGCAAACUUUUGGAUGAUCUUACCUCAAAAGCAUAGAAGAGCUGCAGUCAGUAAAAACAGUCGAAAAGAGGAAGAAGAUGCUUUUUUUCCAUCUCGUUAGACCCGCUUAGAGACGUGCUAAGUGUGUUAAUGAGGCGUCAUAAAAUACAGAGACGCAACCUUCAAUUUUGUGAUCUAUGAGCCUUUCCAUCAACCAAAUGUUAUCAUGUAUUUAAGUUGAUGGUUUAGAUCGAGAAAUGAAUAUCGUGGGGCUGGGCGUUAGGCCUUAAAUCAACGUCUCUGACGUAGGACAGCGUCUUAAAGGGACAUGAGACCAUAGCCUACCUACACACAUCCAAAACCAACUUUGAUUUAUUUAUUUAUUUUACACAGAAUAUACCGAUAUGGGCAAAAUGACGUCAGUUAUUGUCAUAAAUUUCAGUAUCGGUAAACUUUCGGUUUGUCACCCGGCCCUAUAAUAUCAUAUUUUUUUUAUUUAACUUUGUUUGGAUCAGAACUGCUUCCUUUAGCUCAUUAAUUCACACUAAUGGAGCCGUUUUUUCAAUGAAGCUCUGAUAAAAAGGAGGAGUUUGCAGUGAAAAGGCCUCCCCGUAUAUCUUAAAGUGCUUCAGGUGUUCACAUCCAACAUUUAUCUGCUGUCUCAGGAUUAAGACACAUACACAUUAUGCUGUUUAUAUACUCCUUAUAACAGCAUUUGAAACAGAGGCACACGGCUUGGCGAUUACCUUCCUCACAUCCAAUUGGCAAACGUCAGAGCGGGUGUGCUAUUCAUUCAUUAUUUAUUUGUAAGUCACAUCUUGUAUAUUUUGCAGCUAAAAAGAUUUUAUUGACAGUCUUAAACAAAGAAUGCAGCCGGGUGCAAACUCACAGCUCACAGCAUGAUGACAGUUAUCUAAUCUUCCCCAUCAGUGACCCGCCCUCUAUUAUCAAUCCUCUUUGUUAGGUAUCUGUCCGAUCAUCGAUCCUCCUGUCUUUCUAUUGUUGUAUUUAGAGAUGAACAUGUGCAGUUUUCUUCUUCACCAUGUCACCACGUGACAAAUGACUCAAACCACUCUUGUUACUGUGUCGUUAUGCAUCACACAGCCCACAAAGUGCCACGUAUUGUGAUCUUGUGUGAAAAAAUAGAUUUGCUGAAAUUACAUCAUUGUGUUGACAUGAUUUAUAUGACCUGUGGAGAAAUACUUAGUAAGUGCAGCUAGUUAAAAAACAGACUUGAACAUUCAGAUCUGAUUUUAACCAUUUAAUCCAACUAAACAUCAACACAGAAUCAGCAAACUUAAGUGGAUUAGAAGCACUUCUGAAUGAAGGGAAGCUUAAGUCUGUUUAUGUCACAUUAAUGCAGUUUUUAUUUCAUUUUUUACAUGAACAGUUACACUUUUAACUCCUUUUAAAGGCAGAAAACAUCAGGGAUUCUUUUGCAUUAGCACUUGAUUGACAAAAAUCUUGGAGAAACAGUCAGGGAGAGCGAUCAGUUUGUCAAAGAAUUCCUGAGACUGAUGUUCCAGGACAACCUUUGAGCUACGUCAUUACAGACAUGACAUCUCUCCUGUUGAAUUCCUCCUCUCUCGUUUAACUCGUGUUCAACACAACAUGAGAAUCUAGAAACAGCUGAAUCUGACCACAGCUCUGACUGUGGUUUCCCUUUUUCUUGAUAUUGUUAUGACAGGCUUUCGAAGCACAAGUAACUGCUGGCUAUCACAUAUCAACAUCUGUCUCUGGGUGCCUAUAAAUCCCUGUAUAUUUAGGUCAUUUCCUGAAGUUGGUUCGGAUAUUACUCUCCGUCUGACCAAAAUGCGACAGUUUGCUUGGAGGAGGAAUAAAAACCUGUAAUUACGGGGUAUUUAGCGCAGAUUUCUGAAACUCUUGCGCCUGAAAAACCAAUAAUCAGUCUGUAAAUUAACUUCUUAAACGUUUAAGUUUGUUUAACGUCUGUUUUUCUGCGGUGCAGCAACCACUCCGUGUGUGUGUGUGUGUGGUGGAGUUAUCGGUUACAGCUGAGUAUUAGAUUUACAAAGACAAAUAUAUGCUGUAACAAUGUUCAGCAUGGUGCCAAUUCACUCUGCUUGCUUUUUGCGAUUGUCUGUGUUCACACUCUUGACAAAAGGAAGCCCGAGAUUUUCUUUGUGUGUGAAACAACACGAGUCCAGAUUGGCUGUGUCCUUAUCGACAGUGUAUUUUGAAGUAAUUCCCCAGAGAAGAAGUAAUCAUAAUUAGCUAAUUAAAGCAGGCUUAAGCGAGGGGCAGAGUGAAAGAGUGGCAAAGUAGAUUAGCUGAAAUUUGCAUGUGUUGACACUGACGGAGGCAGGAAACGUCGACUGUCUCGUAUCUAUUUAUGGGGAGUGAUCUAUUUUCAAGGGCACGCUUAGAGCCAUAUGCUGCUUUUAACAGUCUGUUGUUUGAGGUUAUUACACUGUCAGGAAAUCUGUGUCUCACAUUAUUGCUUUCUGUCUGAAUACAAGAGAACAGUUAUGAAGUAAUGCAACAGCCUUGAGUGAAAACAAACCACACACUCACAUUUGUAAGCACAUCUGCCAGCGGCUCCGAGUCGACGUUAAACACGCCCCUGGUAAUUGCGCGAAAUCUUAGGGAUUGUUCAUUGUCCCGGUCUUUGUGAUCUGGACAUUGUCCCGGUCUCCUCUUGGCUCGAGUCCAGCACAGGGUCUUACCACAAACAGCAGAGAGGGGGGGAAGGGAGGGAGACCUUAAUAUGGAAAUGGCAUUAAUUACUGAGCCUAUACAACAGAUGUGACCUUCACUCUCCACUCAGCGUAAAUACUCAUCUCAUGAAGAUAAACGACAUUAAAUGUGGCGUCAGUGCAGCACUCUGCCUGCCUCAUGAAGACACCUCUCUGUGUGCUGAAGUGUUGUUGACAGUGGAACCACUAUGACUGUCAGUUUGAACAUUCUCCAGUGUCGGGAUAUGCAGAAACCAAACCUAUGUAACAUCCAGGACUCUGGCUUUUGUUCAAUGUGUGUGUGUGUUUUAGUCUGAACCUGGUUCUGAAUCCUGUCAGUGUUAAUGCAUCUCACUGCUCUGAACACUGAGCAUAAAAUAAGAAAACCUGAAGGGGGAUUUUGGACCUCAGACUAUAUCAGACAUGAUGUAGACUCAGUAACAUCACUUAUAUUGGAAAUGCUAACUUAUCCUCACUUUUGAUCAUCCCAGAGGCAGACAAAGAGGUGAAGUUGAGGCCGGCUCAGACUAAUUUCUUUAGCAAAGAGACUAAACACAACUCACCUACUCUCUUCCAGCAGCUGCUUGUUCGUGGGAGAGCCCUGACGAGUCGAUCACCGAGUGCAGCGGGGUUUCGCAGGUCAAGGAAGAACAUUUAUGGUCAUUACUUUAUGGAAAUGGUCCGCGAGUGGAGACAUACACCGCUGUGUAUUGCUGUUGUUGCUAAAGUUGGUAUAACUAGAGAAGCAAGCAGUCAGCAACAUUUAUCUCAAGGGGGUGUCUAACUUGGUGUUACAGUGAGUUUGACCCUAACUUGAUUUUACUCCAGAAUAUCCCUUUAAAGUGAGAGGUUUUGUAUAGUUAUGAGUGUGGCUGAGUUGACUGACUGGAGAUGUUAGACCCACCUUAGCUCUGACUCUUUGCUUCAUGCUAGGUCGACAAAAUGUUCGUUUGAGCCAGAAUUUCCAUUACGGUCGCCUCCAUUCAUAUCAUUCAUUUAUAAACACAUGAGGUUUUGCACCUUCAAAAUUCACCAGUCCACCUCUCUGAUCAUUUCAGUGAGUUAAGUCAUUGUAGCUUCUUUGUUCGACUGUUUUGGAUGAAGUGUUUGUGAUAACCCCCGUUAGUUCCUGAAGAGGCGUUCUGAAGCCCAACAAUGGUUUCCAUUGAAGCGACAUGUCAGUCUCACUUCGGAUCUGUCUAAAUACUGGCAAAGAGGUGGAGUGGAGCCGACCUUUAACCUCCUCUCCUUCUACGUAUGUUUUUCACUAAUAGAGGCUAAAGGUAGGGGAGGUGGUCGACCCGGCAGUCAAGGAGCACGCCGCCCAACAUGUAGAGGCUCAAUAGAAGUUGUUUCAGCGGUCACUGGUUCAACUUGUAGACACAGUCACUCUCUACUUCUCUACUCCCCACAUCUCCUGACUAUCUUCAGAAAACGGUCACUUAAACAUAUCUUAUCAAAACUUAAAGGAGCAGAUAUUUUCUGUCUUUAUAAAAUCUUGUUCUUGUGAGUUUGAUGUGUUUUUUUUCAUGGGUGAAAUCGUAAUCGCUGAAUCUGAGUUUCCUCUCAGACUGACUGUUUUGAUCAUUUCUUGGACGCUCUCCAACGUGUCUCUCCAAAGUUUUAAUAGACACUGAAAUAUAAUUCUUGUUUUUGAAGUUAUUAUAUCUGGAGAUUGAAGACUGAACUAAUUUCAUUUUCAUAUCGUAGAGAAAAGAGUUUGUAUUUCAUGAGUGAAUUCUUCUGUUCAUAUUCAUUAGAAUUGAAGCCCCUGGUGAUAAAUGCUCCUGUGUUUAGUGCAGCUCUUUUUGAGGCGAUUGCAUUACCAUUUGUUACCCCACAGACAUAUUUGUUCCUGGAUCUACUGCAUAUUAAAUCAUUAUAUGCAAAUUAUCAUGAGAAGCAUUACGGGUAGAUUAAGUGUUCAAGAAUUACGUCCGUUCUCAGUCUUAAACUGGUACACUGGUAUGUGUGCUUUAAUAACUCAACUCCCAAAAGCAGGUAAUCUAAUCUUCUUAUCAAAAAUUUCUGAGAUAAUCUAAAUCCUUCGAAAAUAGCCUUGAACUAAAAACCCUGAAACCUCCACGGCUUCAGCAUUUCCCAAAUCUGCGUCAUUAACUUGUCAGUAGCGAGCGUUUACCGCCUGAGCUGCUCCGACCCCCAAAUCUCUUUCAGCCCCGCUGGCACUUUGAUCACCGGGCUGUCGACUCCAACGCGCAGCGCUGAUUAACAUAUUAACACGUCUUUUGUUUCAAUCUUCCAGCGCCGGCCCCAAAGGAGACAACAUCUACGAGUGGAGGUCGACCAUCCUGGGACCACCGGGCUCCGUGUACGAGGGGGGAGUCUUCUUCCUGGACAUCGCCUUCACGCCGGACUACCCUUUCAAACCCCCCAAGGUCAGCGGAAACCUGGAAAGCUGUUAAAAUACUGUGAUUGUUGAGCGACUGGUUCAGGUGGACGGUAGUUUUUAACUCACUGAAUAACCUCGAGUCUCUUCAGUCUGAGCUUUUCUGCAGUGAUUUGCAGAUACAGACUCCAUUAGUAUUCAGUCAGGUUUCUGUCCACCUGCUGAUUCGUCUCAUCCCUCCAAACUCCCCCUUUUCACUUCCAGAGAAGAAGGGAAAAAAAAAUCUGGCUCUUUAGCUGCUUAAUGCGCCGCUGUGUUCACCAGCUGGUCACUGUUGUUGACUGCUGCUGUUUCUACACUGGGCAGCCAGCGUCCUCUCACUUUAUCAGAGCUUCCUCGCUGACAACAGCUGCCUGCUGUGAAUGAAAACGAACCUGAUGAGAGCGGUGAAAACCAACUGAAACGGUUUAAUCGAGGCCAGAAAAUCAAAACUGUGAGCAGCUAAGAAUCCUGAAAUGCUCCACAAAGCUGAGUUUACAUUAUAUUAAACUUAACUUCUGAAUAAAUCAGAGGAACAACAAUCUAAUUGGAGAGGAAAUUGCUUUGAAACCCACCAGGGCCUUUUUGAGUAGCUUUCUCCGGGCAGAAUAUAAAGAGAGUUACAGCUGCAGAUGCGUAAUUCGCACACAAUAUUUAUGUUCCACCGAUAAUGUAAGACAAACGAAACAAGACGCAUCGGUAUCUCUGUAGACGUAUAAUGAGUCAGCUGUUAGUCACACAAAAACCUUUUAGGAGCAAUCGAUGCAAUUAACAGACUUCGAUUCAACACUCAGGAGACGGCUCGAAGCUUUUCAUGAGAAGGACAAAGAAAAACUGACAAUCAUGACAAUCAAAAACAGCUUGAUGUUCAUGAUGAGCUGUCAGAUUGAUGUGGUAUAGAAUUAAACGACGCCAGCGAACACAGACAGUCCCUAAAGGAAGUUUAAGGGACUGAUGUAAGAGCUCUUUUUAACUACUGUGUACAAAAUUAGGAAAGAGACGAGAAUUCAUCAUUUGUCUUAGGGCUGUGCGAUAUGGCCUCAAAUCAGUAUUACAAUAUAUUGAUCAGUUCACCUCGAUAAUGAUAAAUGGACGAUAACUACUCCACAAGCUGCUCACCCCCUCCUACAUUAACUUCGUUUACUUCAGCCGCUACAACUUUUGAGCCGUCCUCCAUCUCCUCACCUGUCUUUACCUCUUUGUUACGGACUGGAUGGGGUGUUUUUUUUACACCGAAUAUACCGAUAUGGGCAACCUGAUAACUGUCAUUAGUCCUUGACUUUUUGAAGAAAGCAAGAAAGGAAGGGUUUUGCUGUCGGUGGUGUCAUUCAAAAUACUCAUGAAUUUAAGACCAUACCUGACCAGUAGGGGGAGCUGCUGCGAGUCUAUGUGGAUAAGUUAUGGGCGGGUCUAUCUGUAUCUCAUAGCUUUUGGUGUUAUCGUAGGCUAAGAUCAACCGCCAGCAGCACAGCAGUAACAUGGUACUAGACAGAGCUACACGUCUGCAUGGAGGCUGCACAUUGCUGAACAUAAUGGAAGUGUAGAAAAGUGUAAAAAACAGUUUAAAUUAGGGCUGGGCGGUAAACUGAAAAUUUACUGAUUCCAAAACGUACGACUCCACCCCAUCUGUAACAAAGAGGGAAAGACAGGUGAGGAGAUGGAGGACGGUUCAAAAGUUGUGGCGGCUGAAGUAGACGAAGUUAAUGUGGGAGGGGGUGAGCAGCUCUUGUGGAAUAGUUAUCGUCCAUUUAUCUUUAUCGAGGUGAACUGAUCAAUAUAUCGUGAUACUGAUUUGAGGCUAUAUUGCCCAGCCCUAGUUUAAACCCUUUUUCUCUUGGAGACCCCCCAAAACUAACAGCUUCUUGUGCACUCAUGCAUUUGACAGUAAUUACCAUCAUUACAGGGCUCUGACCAAUCAGAUUCAAGUUUAAAAAUCACCAGGUAAUAAAAUAUUUCAGUACCUUAAAAGAAAGAAGUACAAGAUUAAGAUUUUCUGGGAGUUUGAUCCAGAUAAGAGGAGCGUUAAAACCAAACUCAGCUUUUCGUUUGUUUGGUUCCGACUCUUGGGACAGAAAACAGAUCUAUCUUAGACAACCUGUGCUGUCUUCUGGGUGCUUCAAACUGUCCAUAACAGCAAAUAAAGUUUUGCAAGUAUUGCUCGGCUGUCUCUGCAAAAUCAUAUCGCAGCCCCAAAGCAAAUAAUAGAUAAACAGGCUCGAGGAAAAUGCUGGUAGUAAGCUUGUCAAGCACAUUAAGUUGUAUUGUUGUCCUGGUAAAAGUGCAGAAUAAGUGUAGCGGUCUUUUACAGCUUCCUCUGAGUCUGGUUUGCUCUCUUCCUCUCCUCUGCCUCUGAAGAAUCGUUGAGUUUUGACCCCUCCGUUUACAACAGCGUGAGAAGAAUCCUCUGCUCUCUUAUCAUGUGUUGUCUGCAGAGGACUCCGAGGAUGUUGAGUGGAUUUAAUCACUGAACACACGAGCCGUCAGCGCUGAUUUUCUCUUUAGUUCGCAGGGGCAGCCCAGUCCCCUUUCACUUGGCCUUCAUUUUCCACUCCUCUGUCUCUCGCUCCCGCUCUGUUUUGCACUUCCCUCCCCGCGCUCGCUCGCCCUCUUCUCCCCGUUUUCCUCCCUCUUUGUGCCGUGUAACCACCAGCUCUAUGUUUGACAGCAGACUCAAACAAAUCCACAGGCCUCGGCCCAGCUUUCUGUAGCCAGAGGGACUUGAGUGUUUCCGCCCCCCUCCAAUACCUCCCUACCCCUCUGACACACUGUGAUCUGCAGCCAAACCCCCUUCACACACACUCACACACACCAAACACUUCGGCCUGGAGCUGCCCCAACCCCCCCCUCGCUAUAGAAACGCUCCAGUGCAGCUCAGACCUCAGGCUUGGGAUUUUUGGACCCAGAACCUGACUCGAUAUUAAGAAUCUGGAGGUGAAACAAGGGCUGACAUGUUCACCAGGUGGAUGUGCUUCACUCUGCGAUCCGUGUGCCUGCAGAGGCAGCGAGCUUAUUUAUAACGUCCUGCCCCUGUGUGAUUUUUGGGAAUGCCAAGGCUCAUUAGAGGUUUCCUCUGAGGGGUCGGGGUCAGGAGGGCCAGAUGUUGCUGAUUGGUCCUGACAAUGACACCAGUGUUUGCCCUGCUGCUCCAAACAGAUGUCAAGCUCACAUCCAAGCUGAGACAGACCACAUCAACAGGGGGGAGCUGGUCGUUUCAGACCAGAGCGGCUUCAGUGUAUGUAAAGAUUACUUGUUCUGGGUGAACGCAAAGAGUUCAGGAAUUAAUUUACUAAAACACAAAACGCAGCGCUUAGAGAAGGCAGUAAACGCAAGUGAAACACAACACUACUCCUUGGUUUAAAGAUAUAUAAAUGGAAACAUUUAGUGAUAUCUAACAGUCGAUUGAAGACUGAAAAGCUCUCUUGCUCACCCCUCCUGUCUGUAAAGGUAUGGUGGCUUUUGAGGACAAGAAUCCCCUGUGAUGCAUGAUAAGUAGGACUCUCUGUUUGUAAAGAUUUACCGUCAAGAAGGUGAACCAAAUCCUCAACGUCUUUGUCUCAUGAGGGUUAAAGAUGGUGGCCUCCAUGGAAGGAGACCAUUUCCUCUGGAGGUGAAGAAACCUCGAACCUAAAGGAGACCAUCUUCACCUUUGAUUAUGCUGGUCUGGGACACCAAUGAAGAAGCUUUGAAGGACAAAGAAAAAAACUUAUUUAGCACUAGAGAUGUUCCGAUUCCGAUACCUGCUCCGAUACUGCCGAUUUUUUUUAAUAACAUACUGGUGUCAUAUCGGUACUCAGUGUCAGGCGACACCAGGCCACCAGGAAGCGGCCCAGUAAUCCCGAUGGUUUAGUCCACCACCGGCACUUGGUAUCGGCCGAUACCCACAGCACGUAGUAUCGGUAACGGGGAAAAAUUGGUAUCAGAACAUCUCUAUUUAGCACCUGGAAACUCCUCAUUUCAUCACUGUUCAGACUCUUCCUGAUAUGAAGUUAGACAAAGCGAAGGGGUGUUACUUUUUACACAGCUUUGAAGUCACGAAACAACAUCUAAUUUAUGCCUUCAUGGAGAACGUCUGAGGCUCGCCUUCAACGCAAACUUGACUCUCCAUUUAGCCGCAUUAGCGUACGUUAACUAGUGUUGAUCACAGCUUGUGGUAUGGAGCCUUAAUUCACGCUCAUGUUCGUGAUUAUUACAUUUCUUUUCUACUAAGUCUGUGCUGCUGUCACGCUGCACCUUUACAAACAAACCAGAGAACCUAAACAGAAUGAAAGGUCACGUUUUCUCGUACUGGCAAAUAAAGAUGAGGAGCCGGACUGUUGACAGACUCGGGUCCGGAUAUAUUUCUUUAUUAAACACGGUUAUAAAGUGCCAUGUGUGAUUAUUCAGCCUCCUCUCACUGUUGAAAUAUCACAGCCUUGUAUUCAGACAAUUUUAUUUGGACUUUUUACUGUUUGGUUAACAAACUGAAAUAGUCUGAAAGCAGAUGUCUGUUCAGCGGAGGAGUAUUAACCUCGGGGUAAUUGGUUGUUCCACAUCCGAGUUAGAGGUUUGUUAGAAAACACCCAAAGCUUUUCACGGUCCUGUUUGUAAACAGCUCGAAAUGUCAUGUAGCGAACCCUCCCUGAAUUAUUUUGUGUUUUCUUUAAAUUAAAAUCAGAUUUGUCAGAAAAGUUCAAAAGGGCACAGAUCUGUUGGAGGCGGCGCUCGACUGUAACCUCAAAUCCAAGAAUCCACCAACUCUCUCUGAGGAGCCGUUCAUCAUAUUCAGAGCUCUCUCCCACUUUCACAACAGUGUCACUGCCAUGACCAUCAUUCUGGAAACGCUGCCUCAGGGAAAUUAAUUAGCACUUGUUUGCUGGAGUCCAAUAAUCAAAGUGUCAGCAAAACUGUUGUUGUUUGUUGGAGGGCUUUGUUUCUGCACCACACCGCCCUCUGUUGGCCAGUUCCAUCCUCUGAAAUAUGAUGAGAACAUAUGUUUGUAUUUUUAAUGACUAAACGACAUGAACCCAUAAACCAAAUAACAAAUCAUAAAUGUUUCCCUGACUGCAAUAAAAGCUGCACUUUCAGAUAUACUGUGUGUUCUCCGGCUGCACACACACACACACACACAUGCAGCAGCGGCGGUGACAAAUGCUGUUUAAACGUCCCUCAGAGGAGCACUAAAGAGAGCCCAUUACACCGCCGCUGAUGCUGAUAUAUCAGCGUUAAUGUGAAUAAAAGAGAAGAAGGAGGUGAAAGGCUCACAGCAGCUUUUAACUGUCCUACAUGUCUCACCUAUUAGCACUUCCAGUUGUAAAGAGCUGCUAAAGCUGAAAAUGAUCUUUAUUUUUAGAUGGGAACUCUUCUCCUGGACUUCUCCUGCUGCGAUUGUUCAUGUGAGAGUGGUUUGAACAGAUCACUAACCGCUCCCUUUCAGCUCUCGGUCAGUCCCUGCAGGUUUUCUGUAGAUUCACAGGAUUAACAGAAAUGUUGUGAAUCUAUACAGCAAUAAUUCUGACUGCAGGUCUUCAGUUAGAGUAAAUGUUAUUUAUUCUGGUUGUUCUGAGAGAAGAUGAGCUCUUAACCUCAGGUUUAACUGCUGUUACCACCUAACAAGCCUGUUAGCUCCUCCAUCGCUCUGUUUAGCAUGUCUGGUAAACUCAUGUCUUGAGUUUAGCUCCAGACUGUGACAAGUUUGUUGUCUUUCAGAAACUUUGUGUUUUUCUUUCCUGUUUCUUUCUUUCUUUCUUUCAGGUUUUAUUCUGUCAUUAGAGAUCUAGAUGAGUUUGUGUCUCAGUGGUACUUCAGCUGUUUGUUUUGUUGUUGAUGAGAAGCUGAACUUCAAUCCUAUUUUUAUGAAAGCCUGAAAAUAUUUAAAUACUGAUAUUCAUAAAUUGACAGACGUAGAAUCUUACACUGAAAAUAUGUAUUUGUAAAUAAAGUUGUGUUAAAAUCUGUCUUUCUUCCUUUUUUGUUUGUUUCUUUUUUCUUUUUUCUUUGUUUCUUUCUUUAUUCCUUCCUUCUGUGAUUGAACAUUUCUUGGUUUUGAGGCUGUCGGCUGGAAUAAAACGGCUGCAGAAAAGGGUCAUUAGAUCAUCUCCACAUCUUCAGACUGCAGUCAUUGAGAAUAUCUGUCUAUAAAACCUUUUACACAAACACAGAAUUGUCUUAUUUUGAUCUUUUUUUAGCGAUAACUCAAAACCUCGUAAUUAUCCCAAUAAUAAGGUUUCAAACUUCCAUCUCUCUUUGUAUAAAACUCGCCUCAGCCAGGUCUCUGACAAAUAUCAGGGAGUUAUUUUGUGAAUCAACCCUUCAAAGUUACCGUCUCUGUAACCUGGUACAUUAAUGAACACAUUUCUCAUCUCAUAAGUAUAUUUUUUCAUGUUUGAACUGGUAUUCUGUUCUCUAUUAUACAUGAGAGCUGAUACUGACCUGGUUUUGUAGGAUGUUGUAGUUUGUCUUUCAGCUGCAAUUCGUCUUGUGGUUUCUAAAAGUCAGCAGGAUCAUCAGGAAAAAUGUCCCUAAAGCUCAUUUUUUCCACUUUUUACACACCGAGCAGGUAGGUUAUUAAUCAGAGAGAUAAUUCACUGUGAAUUCAUUCAUUAACGGUGUGAAUUCAUGCUCCUUUAUAGCAGCUAUUGAAGUAAGACUGACCGACUUCAUGAGAUCAUGAUGGAAAAGGUCUUUGUCAGAAACGUCUUUGUCAUCUGGAGUUUUUCCCCUCAGCUGCUCCAGUGCAGCUGCUCAGGGGCCACAGAAGGAGGCCGGUGUGUGUGUGUCUGAGUGUGUGUGAGUGUGUGUGUGGAAAAAGAUUUCCUGGAAGAAGCGCUGAGAUGGGAUUAAAACGUGUCGUCAAUGCUUUCAAUUUACAUCUUCUCAGCUCAAUAUCGUGCCGCACAGAAACCUGUUUGUAGCCGACAACAAUAACGGCACAGUGAAGCAUUUUCAUUGAGAUCAUCUUGAUUCUGCGCUUUAAAAAUGUGUGAUAAUAAUUAUAGUGUAAUCUCAGUCAUGUAGCACCUCUUAGCUGAAUGUGCUUCACAAUCAGGUGAAGAAGGUUUAUGUCAGAGAUGUUAAAAUGUGGUGUUUGUGUGUCUGCAGGUCACUUUCCGUACGAGGAUCUAUCACUGCAACAUCAACAGUCAGGGGGUGAUCUGUCUGGACAUCCUGAAGGACAACUGGAGCCCCGCCCUCACCAUCUCCAAGGUGCUUCUGUCCAUCUGCUCCCUGCUCACAGACUGUAACCCAGGUAAGAGCCUCACCUGAACACGCGUCUGUCUGUCUGUCUGUCUGUCUGUCUGUCUGUCUGUCUGCUGUAACCUGGUUUGAUUUAUGAACUUUAGUGGCACGAAGAGCCCGUUUUUAUCCACUCUGUGAACACAAGAGUCCUCGCCCUCCGUUUAUUUUUCACUCAAGGCAAAAUCUGGAGCUGACACUCGGUCCAAAUGAAUGUUUCCAGACUAUUUAUGGUGUAUUAAGUAAGCCAUGACCAAUUCAAACCUCCAUUGUUUCCCAAGGCUGUCGACCACUGACAGAUCUUUGGCUCCAUCCGAAGCAAGAAGCUGUAAAUAAUCAAACCACAUUUUCACAGCAGUGAGAAAUAACUGAGCUGCUCAUGGACGAGCUCCACAGAGAAUGCUUUAUGAAGAACCGAAUGUAUCAUGUAAGAUGAUAAGAAAAUAAAGCAAAUCAAGAAAUAGUCAGAGGUUUAAAGAGAGAUGAUAGUGAAUCGUAGAAACCUCUGAAAAACCCUCGAUUCUGCGGAGGAGAAACUGGGUUAGUGGUCUGCACUUUAAGAAGAGCAAAAGGCCGUUUGGUGCUGUCAUGCAGCAAUUUAAAGAUCAGCACGAGCAGAGAGAAAUAACUCUCAGCUGAACUGAUUUAUUGUCAUAUGAGCUCCUCUGAAGCUCCUCUCUAAACGGUCUUGGCUGCUCCUGCGGGGGGAAGGGUCUGAUUUCUUGACCACUUAUAAACACAGCUGAUAUGUGAUAUGACGGUGGAGUAGAUUGACGAUCGUUUUUAUUCAAUAAAAGGGACCAGCUGUCAAUAAUGCUAACGUAACAGCUGUGAUAAACUGCUUGGGUUUACAAAAUAGAAUUCAGUGUCGGUCGUUAAUCUCAUCAUAACUCAUCAUGUUGGCCUGUAUUAAAGAGAGAAUAUUCAAUGACAGGUUUCAUACUAAUGCCAAGUGUAAAUCUUCUCUUUCUCGAUCCAUAACAUCUGUUUGAUCGUCAGCUGUCUGAACUCUUUGACCUCGUUUACAUCCAAUAUAAGCACAGACCCGUUUUUCAGAUCGUCAUGAUUAAGGGAAAAAAAAACACAAGGUUCAUCCAAACUUGUUGGAAGUUACCGUCAAACUAACAGAAAAAUUGUCACAGAAAUCCCAUUUUCUCUCCAUUUGGCCAAUCAUCGAGAAGUUCUUGAGGCUCAUUUUAUCCUCGACGUCACAUACAGAUCCGGCUUCCCAUUCCUUUCGUCCGUAUUUCUGCAACGACAGAGCAGCACCACCAAAACCACCAUGGGGGCGGUGUUGCUGCUGUCACUACCCGGCAGACACCCUAAAGUACUGAAAAUGACGAUCAUCGUCAAUUUCUCUCAUCGGUACUACCAGAGAGAAGAAUUCUCUGUCCUCCAACCCUGAAGCAUUUAGUGUCCUGACCGACCACUGCCUCCUCCGACACUGCCUCAGUUUCUGUCUCUUGUGCAAAAUACACAUUAUCACUCGCUCCUCCAAAGUCGCCGUGUUUCUUUUUGAUUGUUGUUGUCAGAAACUUUUGACUCCGGCCAAAAGUGGUUGGAGUCAAAAGUUAAUGGUUAACAUCCAUGCCAACGUAAAGGACGCAUCUAUGUGGGCAGUGACGGAACCAUCGUUUGAAACGGACGCGUACAUCUUCAUACGUAUGGCGAGCAUAAAUGAGCCUUUAUCCUAAUAGGGUGUCUGUAAAAGUGCUGACUCUCAUGUCUGGGCUCCUCUUAACAGGCUACCAGCUGACAAUAACUGCUGUCAUCUCCCGUUUAUCGACUAACAGCAACAUAAAGACCUGUCAAAUACGUUAAAGCGUUAUAACCAGGUGAUGAUUAAUCUACAGAGUAGAAUAACGGCGGUGACACGGAGCUGUGAAAACGUCGACUACAACAGCGAUGUUGAUUUGGCACCAAGUCUCUCAUUGUGCUGCUGAUGGAAGAGUCUCUGCUUACUGCUGAUGAGUCUGAGCUUUUCUACAUUAAUAACUGAUGUAAUCUGUCACAGCGAAGACAACUUCAACAUAAAACAGCUGCUGAAACCCUCUGCUUCUUCUCAUCCUCCAGUUUAUACCAUCUUUAAAAAUGAUUCCCUAUGAUAAUGAGUGAUAUUUUACCAACUCAGAGAUGUAAGAUUGCUCCAAACAGUGAGGAUGAAUAAUCACUUUAAACCUGAAAUUACAGGGUCCCACAUCGAGCUGAAUUCAUGUUCAUGUUGGAACUUAUCAAACAAAUAUCUGCGCUGGUUCGGCUGUUAGGAAGUCGUUUUCUGACUCAUUUAUUAAAAAGCUGGUUUCAUGUAAAGCUGUCGUGUUCAUGUGUUUGCUCUGCAGGCAGUAUUUUCGAUGUUUAGUAGUUUAAACACACGUCCAUCUCCAAACUGCAAAAGAGUUCAUUAAAAGAUGAUUUGGACUCUUGAAUCAAGAGUUUGUGAGGCCAGAUGAACUCUUAUUACAUUUAAACUUCAUAUUAAAGUUCAGGGGUGACCGGGCUUUUUCUCUGAAUGCUCUUCCUCUUCAUGUCCGACUGUCCCCCUCACGUCCUGUUUUUAAAUCAAAUAUGAAAACGCACUUUUACUGUAUUUUUCACACUAUAAGGUGCACUUAAAAUCCUUUUGGCUUGUCGGAGCACUGCAGCUACUGUAGCCUCACCGAGUUAUUGAAUGAGUUAAAUCAAAUUGGACUUAUCUGAUUGUUUUGUUUGGCUUAAUGCGCCUUAUAGUGCGAAAAAUACGGUACUCCCUGGCCUUUAACUCCUGAGAAGUUGGCCUUUUAAUCCUGUUUUUACUGAACCAUCUGUUCCUUCGUCUUUGUUUCUUUGUUCGUGUUAAUUGUCGGUUUUUUAUCGUUUUUUAAAUUUUUACUGUACAGCUCUUUGGUCAGCGCUUUGUUGUUUUUAAAUAAACCUGAAUUGGAUUCGACUGAUUCUCACUCUUGUGUCUCUUUGUGUCUCUUUGUGUCUCUUUGUGUCUUCCAGCCGACCCUCUGGUGGGAAGCAUCGCCACACAGUACCUGACCAACAGAACAGAGCAUGACAGAAUAGCCAAACAAUGGACGAAGAGAUACGCCACAUAGACCCCCCCACCGCCCCUCCACAGCUGAGAACCCUCCCCUCCUUUACCCCUCCCCCCUUCACUGUACCUCUCUCUACCUCUCGCUCUCACCCUUAUUAGUCUGUCAAAGCACACUCACUAAGUGCAACGGUAAACCCGCCCUCCUAUCACCCUCCUCCUCCUCUUCCUCCUCUUCCUCCUCCUCCUCCCCGACAUUUUAUCUACCUUUUCUGUGUAAAAAACAAAAAAAAAAAACAAAAGAAGAAAAAAAAAAGUCCUUUGUUCCUUGUUGACUUGAAAGCUUCUUUUUUAUACAAAGAGUAGAUUGGGAUUUUUAUUUUCCAAUAUCUGAAUGUUGGAAGUAUUGUAUUGGAGUAAAUCACAGAAUAUUAUAAUGAUCAUAACGCAUUGUCCUCCGGCUCUACAGUAUGUAUUCUCAUUUUCUUAGCAGCACCUGGAACAAACAUGCAGAAUAUAUGCUUUUAUUUUUCUUUGUGUUUUUGUUUCUGUUGUUUUUUUAUUUGGUAUUUGUCAUUGAUAUGUUACCUGCAUGGAACAGGAAGGUUUGCGUCAAUGGAUCCUUCAUGCUUUUUAACUUCCUCUGAUUUUGUUUGUACUGUAUGUAUUUUUUCAAAGGCUUUUGAGGCAGACCACAAAAGUAUAGGUCUGCCUGUGAAAGAGGCAGGACUUGUAUAUUUACUGGCUACCCGCCACCUCUGCAAUUGCAGAGUGGUUUGUUGUGCACUUGUAUUACUGAAGCACCCAAUAAAACACACUGUGGUCGGCUUGUGAGAAAAAAAAAAAAGAAAGACUCUCGGCUCUGUCUGGGAUUUUUUGGGUUUGACUGCAGCCUCACAAACAUCCACAAAUAUUUACAUCAGCUCAGUGAUCCUCCAUUAACUCCAGCUCUCAGCUCCCGCCUGCUUUUAUGCUCCACAUACGCACGAUUAUAAAGCUCGACAGUGGGAUAUCUCGGCUCGUAAAAAAUCCAGUUCAGAUCAUAUUUCUGCUGUAGUCUCAUUAUGACUCCUGCUGUAACUUGUAGCUUUUAUUACCUCCUGAAAGCGGUGGGAGCUGCACAGGGUGUACCAGAAACUCAUGAAUGGACUCUUCUCACAUUGUUUGGAUGGAAGAAGUCAAGUGGGUUGAUAAUGACCCAAUUUUUGAUGUCAUUUGUUAGUUUAGCGUCACAAACCUCUCCCCCCUGUGCUCCUCGAUAACUCCCACCUGAAACAGUAUCACCCUCCCCA